AUGACUACUGCUCAGCUCGCUCACAACACCAGAACACUAGAAGCAUCUAAGAGCACAAUUUUCCCAGCCCUAAUCACUAAUGAACAUGAGUCACUGAUAAUGGUGAAGAAACUUUUCGCUACUUCCAUCUCAUGUAUAACAUAUUUGAGGGGCCUGUUCCCAGAGAGCUCUUAUAGAGAUCGCCAUUUGGAUGACCUCAGUUUAAAAAUUCUCCGGGAAGACAAAAAGUGCCCUGGGUCAUUACAUAUUAUUAAAUGGAUUCAAGGUUGUUUUGAUGCUUUGGAGAAGAGAUACCUUCACAUGGCAGUGCUAACACUGUACACAAAUCCCAAGGAACCUGAGAAAGUAACUGAGAUAUACCAAUUCAAAUUCAAAUACACAGAAAAGGGAACCACUAUGGACUUUGACAGUAGUAGUACAAGCUUCGAAAGUGGAACAAACAGUGAUGAUAUUAAGAAGGCCUGUUCCCUACUAAUCCGUCAAUUGUAUAUACUGAUGCAGAACCUGGGACCCCUUCCUAAUGAUGUUAUACUUACCAUGAGACUCCAUUAUUAUAAUUCAGUGACACCAUAUGAUUACCAACCCCCUGGUUUUAAAGAAGGUGGUAACUCACACUUCCUGCUGUUUGAUGGGGAGCCUGUGAGCUUUCGCAUGGGCUCAGUCUCCUCUGGCUUUCACAGCAUGAAAGUAAAAGUUACAACCGAGGCCACCAGAAUGCUUGAUGGGGAGAGCAGUCCCACUCAGGAGAAUGGCACUACUGAGAUAGCCCAUCAGGGUCUUGACUGUGAUGAGGAAGAAGAGGACGGCAGCAACCAAAUUCAAAGAGUGAAUUUUGUACACAUUGAGUCAAGUUUUGAAAGCUCCGGGAAGAAGAGGAAGGUCAGUGAGCCAGUGAAAAUCCUCAUCCCUAAAAGAAAAUGA